GUCAGAUACUGACAGCCUCACAAAUGCAAAAUUUAGAGCUCGAUGCAAAUACUAUGUAUGUUGCAAAUGAGAUACCAUUAACCAGAGUAAGCACUGUUGUAAGCCAAACUCUUCGUCGACUAUAUCCCGUGCCACCAACCAUGUACCAGAAUAUAAAAUUCCGCAUUAAACCAGGUGAGACUGGAGCGGCUUAUUAUUUCCGUUGUGCUGCUGAGUGGGAACAAAUGGUGGAGGAAAACAGUUUAAACAACCCUGUGACACGAGACAUAUUUAGAGCAGCAGUAAUGACAGGAGCUCCAAAUGGAGUAAAACAAGCAAUGGAGAAAAACCCAGAUAUCCCAGUGGCAAGUAACGAGGUAUGGGAAAGACAUUUAGUGCACCACACAGACAGAGCAGUGGAAAGAGCCAAUAAAGAGGAAGAGGAACUAGAAAGAGUUAAAACCCAGUUGUUAAAAUUGCAAUUAGAAAAAGCCAAAAGUGAAGGGACAACCAAAAAGGCCAAGCAAAUGCCACAACAUACUCCCAAUGCACCCCAAACCAUAGACCCAUAUCAAGGACCCCCUUACAGUGGUUCUCCUUUUGGAGGACCGACACACCACCAUCCAUAUAGCAACCCACAUUAUGCCCAAGGAACAAACCGUAGGCAGGGAUCCCCCUGGAGAGGAAAUGGACGUAGACAGGGAGGGCAAGGGAGAGGGGGGCAGAGUGGGACGCAGUGUUUCGUGUGCGGCGAAAAUGGACAUUGGGCAAGAAAUUGUCCACAAAACGAGUCACAGACUCAAGGCCAAUAUAACGGUCCACCUGCGGGGGGAUGGGGUCCCCGAAGAGGUGGCGCCGGUGGUCGUGGCAGGGGACCACAAACCCCAUACAACCCGGGGCAACACUUCCCGUCACCUUCCAACCUACAGGCGCCUGUGCACCCAACAUGGGGCCCGGAGGGUGGGGCGGAGGAAUGUUGAAGGGGCCCACAGAGAACCACCGUGAGAGGAAUGGCUGAACCUCUCAUGGAAAUAGUGGUAAACCAUCAACCACUAAAAGCUCUGGUAGAUACCGGGGCCACAUACUCCACUGUAACGAAGGGCACAAUUGACAACAGCGAUCUCACAAAUCGCACAGUAGGAGUAAUAGGAUUCUCUGGUGAGGUAGAAAAAUGGCCUAUGACAAAGUUGCUGAGGGUACAAAUUGAUAAACAAAUAUUGACGCACUCAUUCCUGUACUCUUGUAAUGCUCCCAUCCCCCUUUUAGGCAGAGAUCUAUUAAUCAAAUUAGGAGCCAGCAUUUUAUGUUCACCCGAGGGAGUGAUAGUGAAAUUUCCAGAUGGUUCAGAAACAAAUUGUUCUCUUUCAGGUCACACCACAGACAGUCAGUGGAUGUUAACAUCGUGUGGUGAGUUAGAAGAUGCUGAUAUAUAUUGGGUUGAGCUAGAUUCCAGUGUAGCCACUAAUAGUAUUGUAUCUAGGUAUAAUGAACAUCGCCAAUGGAUAACAAACAUAGACAUUUUUCUGCCACCCAUAGACCCCUUACAUUGCACAUUGUUUUAUGACAGGGAUGACACCACACAAUACCAAGAUCUAUUUCAGGAAAUAGAAGACAGCAAAUGGGUGAUAAGGGGAUCUGGUCUCAUGAUAGGAAAAGAGGGAGUAGUGACACCAAUUUUACUGACAGAAGAGCAGAUGAAAUGGUAUGAAAUGUCUGAUACAGCUGCACCACACGUCUCUGUAGCAUUACAUCCGAAACAUGAAGCUAGGGAGCUAGGCAACAUGACUAAGAGGCUGUUGGCAGCUAAUGAUUGGAAACCCACAGAAACUUGGGGUAUCCUGUAUUCCGAGACACAAAAAGCAUAUUGGGUGCAAGACCAAACAGAAGACACAGGGGUGUUGACACAUAAACAGAUCUCUAGAAGCCAUGGUAGGGAGCAGACAGACGCUGACGGAGCAGAAAAAAUGAUUGACACAUUGCCAGAUAAUCUAUGGUCUCAAGGACCAACAGAUGUAGGGUUUUGUAACAUCAAACCUGUUAGCUUUAAGUUAAACACCACCACACCUAUUUGGGUCCCUCAGUACCGCAACAAACCAGAAGCAGAAGAAGGUGUAGCCACCACUGUUUCUGGACUGAUUGACAAGGGAGUGAUAACCCCUUAUAGGUCUAAUUGGAACACACCAAUUUUUCCUGUGCCAAAACCAGGCACUAACAAAUACAGAUUGGUACAUGAUUUACGAAACAUCAACUCCAUUGUAGCAACACCUACAAUGACAGUGCCAAACCCAUAUAUUGCGCUGUCCACAUUGACACCAGCGCACCAAUGGUUUACAUGCAUCGAUUUGGCAAACGCUUUCUUCUGUAUUCCAAUCGCAGAGGAUUGCAAAGCAUGUUUGGCUUUUACAUACAGGGGCUGGCAGUAUUCUUACAACAGACUACCACAAGGGUUUAUUUUGUCACCAGGAAUUUUUAAUCAUGUUUUAAAACAACAGCUACAGAACUGUAGCUUACCUGAGAACUGUGUCAUGAUCAUGUAUGUUGAUGACCUACUCUUGGCAGCCAGAACUGAAAAGGCGUGCUUGGAGGCUACCAGAGUUGUGUUGCUUCAGUUGCACAAGUCUGGUUUCAAGAUAAGCAAGGACAAACUGCAGGUGUGCAGACCUUGUGUUACAUUUUUAGGUCGACUGAUCACGGCACAGGGAUCAACUUUGACAGGGACACAAAGACAGGGUAUACUCAGCCAUCCUAAGCCAACCACAGUGAAAGACAUGUUGUCAUUUUUAGGCCUCACAGGAUUCAGUAGGCACUAUAUCCCUAUGUAUGUUUCACUGACUACACCACUCAGACAGUUGAUUAAAGAGCAUGGCAUGAAAAAUCUGAAAGCAGAACUUCAGUGGACACAAGAGGCUGAACGGACGUUCAUUGACCUAAAGACACAGCUAGCACAUGCUGUGCACCUGAACUGUGCCAACUAUGAGUUACCUUUCUUACUGGAUGCCUCAGAAUCUGGCU